CCUCGAUCAGCUUGAAUUGUUUUUGACGAAAUUUUUUAUAAAUAUAUAUUUUUGUUCAUUGUCUUAGAUAAGUUCUAGUAUAAAAGGAUACCAACAUGUCCACUCCAUACCGUGUUAAUAAAGCUUCAAGGCUAAGGGGAGAAGCAAAAAAUGCAAAGCCCAUCCAAAACACUUCUAAUUGGACUCCCGCCACUAAAUCCGGUGGAAUCUUUGACCCUCCGCCCAUCAUUGAUGCUAGCUGCCGCAGCCGCAGCCGAAUGGCAGCCAGUCGUAUUCCGAUAUACCGCCUUUCUACAAACCGUAGUGCAGUAUCUCUAGCAUCUCCAACUCGUAAAACUUCCCCCGUGCGCUCUACUUCUUUAAAUAGACCCCCCAGUGCUAGUUCGUGUUCGUUGCCCAAUCCACAGGCAUCCGAGCAGGAUCCGAAAACUGAAAUAGAUAAGGUUUCGUCGAAGCAAAAUGUUGCCAUAAAAGGAAUAAAAACCGUGGCUGGUAAGCCUUUGGCACAAACAUCAGGAGGUGCACGUAAGGCAGAGAGAUCGCACCAGCAGGUUCUUGAACAGAACCAGAUUAAGGCUUUCGAGGCAUUAAAAAAUAAACUGGAGUGCAUGCAGUCCGAGUUUAUGCAUAAGCUGCGAUCUGUCGGUCCCCAAUAUCACAAGAAAACUGUCUAUAAGUUUGUGGCUGUGGUUGUAAACGAUGAAUGCAAAGUCUUGGUCCAUACCGAUGAUAUGCUCCGAUUACCCAAGAAUUUUCCCCUUGAGAGUAUUAAUGACCUGAAAAAUCGUUGCCGUAACAUUGUGGAUUUGGGAUUUAUGCUGUUCUACGAAUACCUGCCGUUUAUUCAGAAGGCCAAGAAUGAAUUUGAGCUUCGUGACAAGCAAGAGGAGAUUCGAAAUAAGUUAUCAGCUUUAGUGAACAAAAAGAUGAACUCCGUUGUCGAGGAGAUUGACCAGUUGUGUGGUCCCAGCGGCAGUAGAAUUGAGGCAGCCAAUAACACCCUAUAUCGGGAGAUGGCUGAUCUGCGAUUGCAGAAGCAGCAAGUGGAAGGACGAUACUUUGAAGUCAAGAAAGAGCACGUGGAACAGAUGAAUCGAUUGAGGGCCGAGUACGAGCUAAAACUAUCUUCAGAGCUGGAAAAACGGGAUCAGACCAUCAGUGAGCUGAGGAAGAACCUUCAACGCAGCGAAGAGCUGGUCAAUGAGCAUACCAUUCGCCUGGCCGAAAAGAAUGCCACUCUGAUAAACGAGGAUGGUACCAUCGAUGAAUUGCGAAACGAAGUAACGAAGCUUAAGUCUGCCAACAAACGAAUGAUGAAGCAACUGGAAGAGGCAGAUGUUGGUCUGGAGAAGGCUCGCAGUUCCGUCGAUAAGCAUGUGAAACAGGUCACUUACUUGGAUGGAGAAUUGAAGGAGGCCCGCGAGUUCAUCGUUAAUCUGCAGAAGCGUCCCGAUGUUAUGGACAAGGGCAUAAAGGAAAAGGACCUAAUCAUUGCCGAUCUCAAGCUGCAACUGCAGAAUAUUGAGCAGCACAAAGAUGUUCUCAACAAACAGGUGGCCAAUGCCUUAAAGCAGCAUGCUGACUUCGAAGAUAUCAAUGGAAAGUAUAAGAGUGCUGUAAUGCAGAUAAGAGAGUUAAAGGAUGCUCUUAAGAUCUCAGCCACCAAAUCGGAGAAACAUUUCAAGGCCGAGGAGCAGUUGCGCCAGGAGAUAGCCAAGAUGAGGGAGCAGAUGGAUCUCGAUAAGCAGAUGCUGACCGCUCGCAGCGAAUUGAUCAAAAGUCUACAGAAGAACGAACAGGAGAACAGAGCUAAGCUAGACCAAAUGUACUAUCAAAUUAACGCGAAAGAAACGCAAAUUAAUCAGGUAAACAAUGAGCUGGCCUCGAAGAAUGAGGAGUUUGCCAAUCUCUUCGGGACUCUGACAUUCAAACAGACCGAACUUAGAAGGCAGGAGCAUGUCAUCCAGUUACUGAAGGAGCAAAACUCACGGGUUUCAUUGUUGCGAGCCGAUCAGGACGAGCGUAAUGCCGCUAUGCAAGAUGAGAUAAAGACUCUCAAGAAUACCCUUCAUGAAUAUGCCAGAGUUAUUAUUGGCAAUCAUGGUCAACAUUUUUUUGAAGUUGUGCCAUCCGGCGAAGUGGAGGGCAACAGGAGGAGCAGUCGUAGCCAGCAUCGUGAAGAUAUUCCCAUGUGCAAUAACAUGACCUGCGACCUACAUAGACAUGGGCAGGAGUCUAGUUUGCAAGUCCAGGAAAUGACUCAACAACAUGGUAGAUUCUUUGAGGCACUGCAGCAGCAACUGUUGCGCCAUCAACAACGACAGCUUUUACCCAGGCUUUCAACACGCUCCCGUUGUCAACUGCAACAUCCCCGUAACCGUUAUCAAACUUCUAGUCACAGUAAUCAGAAUCUUCAGCCUUCUUCUCAGUCUCCCCAUCAAUUGACCCGAAAGCAGCAAUCUCGAGACCAGCUCUAAAAAGUAACAAUCAGAACAAUCAAAAACGAAAAAAAAUCAAGCUUGCAAAAUUUUAAUGAUAGACAAAGUAAAAUUAACUGUGAUUAUUUGCCAAUGGCAUUACUUUUUUGUACCACCAUCAGUAUUAAAUAAUUGUAAUAGCUGGUUAAA